AUGUCCUCCACGGAGACCGCGGCGGCGAGCGGCCCGGCGGGCAAGUCGCGGCGCCAGCAGGUGGACCAGCUGAUCGCGGGGCUGCGCUGGCGGCGGCUGGAGGAGCCGCUGGGCUUCAUCAAAGUUCUCCAGUGGCUUUUUGCUAUUUUCGCCUUCGGGUGCUGCGGCUCCUACAGCGGGGAGACAGGAGCCAUGGUCCGCUGCAACAACGACGCCAAGGACGUGAGCGCCAUCAUCAUCUUGUUCGGCUAUCCCUUCAGGUUGAACCAAGCCCAGUACGAGAUGCCGCUCUGUGACCCCGACUCCGCCUCCAAGACCAUGAGCCUGCUGGGGGACUUCUCCGCCCCCGCCGAGUUCUUCGUGACGCUGGGCAUCUUCUCCUUCUUCUACGCCAUGGCCGCGCUCGUCCUCUACCUGCGCUUCCACGGCCUCUACGCCCAGGACAGGCGCUUCCCGCUGGCGGACUUCUGUGUGACCGUCUCCUUCACCUUCUUCUGGCUGGUGGCCGCCGCCGCCUGGGGCAAGGGCCUGACGGACGUGAAGGGGGCCACGCUGCCCUCCAGCCUGACCGAGGCCAUGACCGUGUGCCACGGGGAGGACGCCGUGUGCAGUGAGGGGGCCACGCCCUCCAUGGGGCUGGCCAACCUCUCCGUGCUCUUCGGCUUCAUCAACUUCUUCCUGUGGGCCGGGAACUGUUGGUUCGUGUUCAAGGAGACUCCGUGGCACGGGCAGGCCCAGGACCAGGGCCAAGGCCCUGGCCCCGAGAGCGCAGCCGAGCAGGGCGCCGUGGAGAAGCAGUAA